AUCUUGCAGUCCUCUCUGUGUGUUGCAUCUUCAAGAACAAGACCUCACUGAUCGUUGGCCACUUAUCAUCAGCUAGUCCAGUAAGCAGCUGUUACCUAGGUAGUUCAAAGUUGUAUUGCAUCUUCUGCAACAUUGAGAGUGAAUACUGUCACUAGUUCAUAUUGGAUUCUCGUGUCGAACAUGGUUAACAAGAAUACAAACUCGGAGAACUCCAGCAUUCCACAAAAUGCAGAAGGAAACCGUGGUGGACGAGUUUUAUCUUCUAAAAAUACUGUGAGCUCUCGGAAGCAGCAGCAGGUUCAGGAUGCAGAGCAAUAUGAAUACAAGCAGCAAAAUCAGCUUCUGAAGCCGAACUGUAAUCCAAGGAAUAUACCUCACUCAGUGAUAAAAACUGAGAUCCUGUUCCAGGAACAGCAGCCAAUCUGCUUAUCACAAAGACAACAACCUGUCAUGCAACCAUCUUCUGUUCUGCAGUCAGCCCCUUCAAGUGCUUUUCAUCAGAAUCCACAACAGAAUCCAAUUUAUGAUAAAAAAGGAAAACAAAAGCUGCAGCAACCAAUAUUGUCGCUACAGCAACAGUUUUCAAAUGCUACUAACUCACGGGAUGAAAACAAUUCAAGAAGCAAUGUGUACCUUUUGGGCCAUCAAAAUAAUGCUUCUAGUUUGAGCAGUCAAUUUAGAAACUCUAGCAUGUACAACACUGAGAAGACAAUAUAUAGGGGGCCACAAGCUGAGGUCAUGGUGCAGCAGCAAUUGCAGCGGAUGGAGGCGAAUUCUCUACCACAUAACCAGCAAUUAUUGUAUCAAAUGCAGGCGCAACAGGCAAAUUUACAGUCACAGCCAAAUCCUCUACAACAAGGUAAAAGUGUUCAACCAUCGGGCUCCUUGCUUCUGCCACAACAUCUAUUUGAGCAGCAAAAGCAGGCAUCAGAAUCCCAAAGUAACUUUCCAGUUGUGUCUUCAAUGGCAAUAGGUUGUACAUCGCAGAUAAGCCACACUAAUGGAGAUGAUUGGAAGGAGGAACUUUAUCAAAAGAUUCAAACUUAUAAGGAUUUAUAUGUACCCGACUUGAAUGUGAUGUACAGAAAGAUUUCCAGUAUUAUACAAGAGAUGGAUUCUAUUCCACAACACCCCAGGAUGGCUGAGUAUGAGAAGUGCAAAGCACUUGGGACUGCAUGCAAGACAGCCCAUAACUUAUUACACUUACCCAAAUCUCAGAUGUCACCAAGUGUCGAAAGAAGUUUGCAUGACUUUGAGGAAUUUGUAAACAAGGUUCUCCGAAGAUAUUUCAAACCCAAAAGGUCCAUUUCUUCACUACAACAAGAACGGCCUCCUCCGCAUGAUGUGCGGUCUGUACAACGGCUUCGGCCACAAUUCCAAAAUCCUGAAGUGCAGUUAAAUGGAAACCAAACUAAUCCCCUUCUGCAAUCAAUGAGCUCACAUCCUUCUGUAACAGAAAUGGAAAAGAAGAAGGCAAAAAGCAUAAUACAAGAUUCAAAAGUAUCUUCUCAGGGACCAAUACAACAGCUUGGUAACAAUUUCGAUGCAGAACGAGGAAAUGUUGUCAGUUUAUCAUUACAGAACCCUGGAAACACCUCAUCAUCACGAAGUGUUGGUAAUGUGCCACAACGGAUAAUUAGUCACUUUGAUUUGAGUUCUAACACGUCUCAAAACAUGUGUGUCCUUCAACAAAAUGAACAGCAAAUGAUAAAGUCUCGGCUGGCGAAGCGACAACCUCAAAUACGUCAAAUGACAAAGCAAUCAGUGCAACAGACAGAGGCACACCAGAUUCGACAGCUUCAUCUGAAUGACGUAAACAACAUGAAAGUGAGACAAGGAAUCGGUUUUAAAGAAGGGAGUUUUCUGCAAAACCACUCGACGGGCAAGCUCUCAGUAAGUAAUCCCCAUAUUUUAAGGUCUGGACCUCCUUCGCCACAAGUCAUUGAGGCUUCGUCUCCUCAAGUUUCUCAAUUUUAUUCCCCACAGUUUGACCAGAAAAUAUUGCAUACGCCUUUUGCAAAUUCUGGGAGUCGUUUGAAUUCUCCAAAUUCAAGGUCUGUUGGGCCUUCUCCUUCAACUUCCAUCGGUCCAUUCCUCACUAAAGGGGAUCCCAUUAAACUUACUUCUGUUGUUUCCUCACUUGCAAGUUCUGGAGAUGUUGAAUUUAAAGAAUCUUCUAGUAAACUGCCUCUACACACUUCCUAUGUAAUUUCCACUCCUGGGCUAUCACCGUCAUACUUGCUUGGUGAGAGUGAUGGUCUGGAUGGCAAUCAAAAUCAGGUUUCAACAACAAAUUUUUGUGAGUCAAGGUUAACUGAGGAGCCUAUUCAGCGAUUAGUCAAAGCGGUGAGAUCUCUGUCAUACAAAUCAUUAAGAGCUUCCAUUAGUGACAUGGAGUCAGUUGUGAGAUUGGUUGAUAGUGCAGCUGCAUCAAAACCAGGUAAUGGAUCUCGAUCUGCAAUUGGUGAGGAUUUGGCGGGAGUGGCUAUACAAGGAGAAAAGCUAGACUGGAAUUCUAGAAAAAUGAAAAUGAGGCGCCAUAUAGGAGCUGUACAAUCGAACAUUUGUGCAUCUAGCAGCAAGACUGAUAGUUUCAAGCAAUUAACCGAUCCAGAGAAAUGUGAAGAUUCAACUGCAACAUCUUAUAACAAGAGGCCUAGAGGUGAGGUAAAGUGUACCCUAGUGCAAGAAAUAAGAGAGAUAAACCGGCGAUUAGUUGAUACUGUGGUUGAUAUCAGUGAAGAAGAAGUUAAUUCUACAUGUGGGACAUCUGCAAGUGAAGGUAGUGAAGGAACCAUUGUCAGGUGCUCUUUUAAUGCAGUGACGAUCAAUCCCGACAUGACGUCAGAACAUGCUUCAGCCAUAAUGUCGCUUCUCAGUCCCUUGUUGUUGUUUAUUCCAAGGAAUUAUCCAGAUUGCUCCCCUAUACUCCUAGACAAGUUGCCAGCAAAAGUCAGUGCUGGAUGUGAAGAUUUAUUGGGAAAAGCAAAGUCAAAGCUCUGCGUCAUUAUGCGAAAUGUAUUGCAACCUAUGUCAGUUGAAGAGAUAGCAAAGAGUUGGGAUGUUUGUGCCCGCGAUGUUAUAACUGACUAUGCUCAGCAGAAUGGUGGAGGAAACUUCAGUUCAACUUAUGGGACUUGGGAGAAGCACUUAAGUUCAACAUAUGGGACUUGGGAGAAGCACUUUAAUAUGCCAAUCUAAGAGGAAAACUUAAAUGACCGAUACAAGUUAAGCAGGAGAUAACCUUAUCGGCAAGCAAAUGAUACGGCUCAAAAUUUCUUGAAAGCUACCGAAGGUUAUGCGAUCUUUGUUGCGCAAAGUUAGCUUAUUCUUCUUCUUUUUUUCAACCCACCAAGUUGGUGAAGACUUUCACUUGCAGUAUCGGAUUUUUGGCUUUGUGGUUUUCAACCUGUGUAAAAGUUGUGUUAGGUUUUUGGAUUUAGAGCAUAACCCAACUCUAUUGGCGACUCGGGUAAAUUCAGAACCUGGAAACGAAGGCAGGUCAUUUUCUGGGCAUAUAGUGAACUUAGAUUAUUUAUAUGUUGUGGCUCAAUUGAGACUUGUCCAGUUUUGGGGAGGCUGGGCCUUCGAGUCUUGUUUUGUAUUUAAGGUUUUCAACCUGCGUAAAAGUUGUGUUAGGUUUUUGGAUUUAGAGCAUAACCCAACUCUAUUGGCGACUCGGGUCAAUUCAGAACCUGGAAACAAUGGCAGGUCAUUUUCUAGGCAUACAGUGAACUUAGAUUAUUUAUAUGUUGUGGCUCAAUUGAGACUUGUCUAGUUUUGGGGAGGCUGGGCCUUUGAGUCUUGUUUUGUAAGUGAUGUCAAAAUUCUGUAAGUUAUUUGUUACCAGCACAGCAUAUAUUUAGACUGGUUAGUU